AUGGUUGGGAAGCGGGCGCGUGGAAACAAGACUGUCUUACAUUCUGGUCAUGAAGACCGACACGAGAGGGGUGUUGGAUUUGUUUUGCACAAACGAGCAGCAGAAGCCCUUGUGGGUUGGAAUCAGAAUAUCAAAAACACUCGCGAAUCUAUUCGGUUGAUGGUGAACGAGUCUUUGCGGUAUAGUUUCAUCUUGUAUGAAGAUACAGCUAGUGCCAACUCUCCCAUGUCUGCUGAAGAAGCGAUCGAUGAGCUCGCAAACAUCCGAUCAACAAAGAAUACUCGGAAAGCCAGCCAAACAUCGGCAUUCGACAAGUUCAUGCAGCUGACCCAAGGAAGAGGCGAUGAUCUUCUCGUAUUCUACCUGCCGUGCGAAGUCAGACUGGACGAUCCAAGCGACAUGAGUGAUAUAAAUGAGCUUGUUAAAGAAAGCUAG